AUGAGACUAACGUUUGGGACCCAGCACAUCAAGGAGAACUCUUGUGCCUCUGUGUCUGGUGUUACUGUUGCGCUAUGUCUUGUCACUAUCCUUCUGAUGGCCCUCAGGGGCCGAAAAAGCCACCACCAUUACUCCCACUUGGACCUAAAAAAAUAUCCCCCUCCUCCUGGCCCAAGGCCCUGGCCACUUGUUGGCAAUCUUCUCCAGAUGGGGGACCAGAUUCACCUUUCUCUGACCCGUCUGAGGCUCCAGUUCGGUGAUGUUUUUCAGAUGCGUCUGGGGUCCCUGACUGUGGUUGUCUUGAGUGGAUACUCCACCAUCAGACAGGCAUUGGUUCGGCAGGGAGAAGCUUUUGCAGGAAGACCUGACCUGUUCACCUUCUCUGCUGUGGCUAAUGGGACCAGUAUGACCUUCAGUGAGAAGUAUGGACCGGCAUGGAUGCUCCAUAAAAAGCUGUGCAAGAAUGCUCUCAGGUCUUUCUCCCAAGCUGAGCCCAGAGGAUCAGGUGCCACCUGCUUGCUGGAGGAGCAGGUCUGUGCUGAGGCUGCAGAGAUGGUGGAGGUGAUUCAGAAACAGGCUGCUGCAAAUGGGGAUACAGUGGGUGUCGAUCCAGUGAAGGCCCUUGUAACUUCGGUGGCAAAUGUUGUCUGUGCUCUCUGCUUCGGAAAAAGGUACAACUACAACGACAAGGAGUUCCUCACUAUUGUUCACAUAAACAACGAGGUCCUGAGGAUCUUUGCUGCAGGGAACCUGGCAGAUUUUUUCCCUGUUUUUCGCUACUUUCCGAGUCCAUCUCUUAGGAAGAUGAUCCAGCAUAUCCGCAAGAUGAACGGAUUCAUGGAGCAAAGCAUCGAAGAACACAUCAACACCUUUGAUAAAAACUGUAUCCGGGACAUCACAGAUGCUCUGAUUUCACUUUGUGAGGACAGAGAAGAAAAUAAGGAGACCUCUUUACUUUCCAACUCUCAGAUCAUUCACACGGUCAUAGACAUCUUUGGAGCAGGAUUUGACACCAUCAUUGCCGGUUUACAGUGGAGCCUGUUGUACCUGAUCAAAUUCCCCAACAUCCAGGACAGAAUACACCUGGAGAUAGAUGAAAACAUCGGCACAGCUAGACUCCCCUUGUUUUCAGACAAAGCCAAGAUGCCUUUCACAGAGGCAUUCAUUUAUGAAGUGUUUCGUCAUGCUUCAUACGUCCCUUUUACCAUUCCUCACUGUACUACUAGAAACAUCACACUGAAUGGGUAUUUUAUUCCUAAAGAUACAUGUGUGUUCAUCAACCAGUUUCAAGUCAAUCAUGACCCUGAUCUUUGGGGUGAUCCUGACCCAUUUCGGCCUGAACGCUUCUUGGGUUCUUCAGGACUCCUCAACAAGGAGCUGACAGAGAAAGUUCUCAUAUUUGGCAUGGGGAAGAGACGCUGUCUUGGUGAUGGAUUUGCACGCUUGGAGAUGUUUGUCUUCCUGACCACGCUGCUCCAGGGGCUUCGGAUUGAAAACGUUCCUGGGCAGGAGCUGGAUCUUAGCACUGAUUUUGGUCUGACUAUGAAACCACGUCCAUACAGGAUUAUCAUCUCCUCCAGAGUUUAGCUUGUCCAAAAAUCAAAAUCAUACUUUGUUUGGAAGUAAUGGGAGUUUACAAAUUCUACAACUAUAAAUGUUAUUAUUACUGGUCAUCAUAGUUGGCUAAGUCAUAAUACUGCGACAGAGAUACAUUACCUCAAAUUGUUAUUUAGAGACUGGAGUUUCUAUUAUGGGAGUUUUUGCUACCAGACAACAAAAGGGAAAAAUACCUUAUAU